AUGUUCCAUUUGUUUGCAGGGUAUGCAAGCUGAAAAUUAGAGAUGGUAUGAAGGAGCAUGGUGUGGUGCUUUAUGCUAUUCUAAGACUCGAAUCAUUUACAAAGUGUUUACGUUAUAAUGUACUUUAGGGGUUGGUCCACACUUAUAGGUGACAUGGGAUAUGCCCUAAGUAGAUUGGAAAUCGACCCAGAUUAUUCUGAUAACGAAUCUGUUGGAGACGAUAAUGACAGCCACCAGUCUUCAUCACAAAAUGAUGUGGAUCCUGAAGUUGCUCAGUUAACAAAGCUGAAAUCAGCACCCCAUGAUGGAUUGAAACGCGUUCUUCCACGAAGGGGGGAAUUUGAUGUUUCGCCUGUGAAGAUGUUAGCGGGUCGAGAAGGGAAUUAUUCGGGUCGUGGGAAGUUUUCUUUAGCAGAUCGUUGUCAUAUGCUAAACAAAUAUUUACCUGUUAAAGGUCCUUCUAUUGUUGACCAAUUGACCACCCGGGCUUAUGUCUCACAGUUUUCAAAAGACGGGUCCCUUUUUGUUGCUGCAUUUCAGGGAAGUCAGAUUAAAAUUUAUAAUGCUGAAAUGGGGUGGAAACUUCACAAGAAAAUUGUUGCUGAAAGCUUUAAUUGGACGGUUACUGACACAUCUAUUUCACCAGAUAAACGUUUCCUGAUUUAUUCAACUUUGUCUCCUAUAGUCAACAUUGUAAAUAUUGGAUCUGCUGGAACAGAGUCUCAUGCGAAUGUCACGGACAUACACGAAGGGCUAGAAUUUGCAGCUGAUGAUGAAGAAGGAUAUGCAUUUGGAAUUUUUUCUGUAAAAUUUUCUAAUGAUGGUAGAGAACUUGUAGCCGGAAGUAGUGAUGAUUCAAUUUAUGUUUAUGAUAUUGAAGCAAAAAGAUUUUCCCUUCGAAUUCAAGCGCAUACGUCAGAUGUAAACAGUGUAUGCUUUGCUGAUGAAGCCAGCAAUCUAAUAUAUUAUGGGAGUGAUGAUAAUCUCUGUAAGGUUUGGGACAGACGUUCCAUCAGAUCAAAAGGAAAGCCAGUUGGAAUCCUCACGGGGCAUCUAGAAGGAAUUACACAUCUUGAUAGCCGUAAUGAUGGUCGUUAUUUCAUUUCAAAUGGAAAAGAUCAGACUAUUAAGCUUUGGGAUAUCAGAAAAAUGUCCUCUAACGCGGCUCGCGCUCCUAUAUCCAGGAACUAUGAAUGGGACUAUAGAUGGAUGGACUAUCCAUUUAGGGCACGAGAUGUAAAGCAUCCAUCUGACCAGUCUGUUGCUACAUACAAAGGUCAUUCAGUAUUGCGUACACUCAUACGCUGCUAUUUUUCACCAGAAUAUAGCACUGGCCAAAGGUAUAUUUAUACUGGAUCUCAUGAUUCUUGUGUGUAUGUUUAUGAUUUGGUUACUGGAGCCCGGGUUGCAAGACUUGUGCACCAUAAGUCAACCGUACGGGACUGCAGCUGGCACCCUUACUAUCCAAUGCUCGUCAGUUCUUCGUUUGAUGGAGAUAUCGCAAAGUGGGAAUUCCCUGGAAACGGAGAGAACCCGAUUCUCGUGAAUAACAGUAGGCCUCGACGACGACGACGAUAUUAUAAUUCAGUGGCGGAACUAGAAGAUUAACUCCGGGCUUGAAAUCGUUCCAUCACAUCGUUGUCUUUUACUUCGCGUAAAAAAUCAUUUUCGACCGCACAAACCAUAGCAUUGUUCAAGAAUUCCGGGCCGAUUCGAUUGCAUAAAUCCGUCUUCACAAGCUUCAAUUUCGAAAAACAUCUUUCAAUCGUUGCGGUUGCAACCGGUAAAAACAAAGCUAGCUUAACUACCUGAUUUGUAAUGACAUUCUUUCGGUUUCUUGGAUUACCAUAAGUUUCUGCCAUGUCCAACAUUGUAAUGUCGAUUUGGUUGGAUGUUAUCAUUAUCAACAUUCGGACUUGAAUCAACGUCAACAUUCGGAGGAGUUGUUUCAUUCGGAAUUGUAUCAUUAAUUUCCUCGUGUUUUCUUUUGAAAAAGUUCCCAAUUAAAGCUUGUUUUUUGGAAUUUGGUUUCGUCAUCAUUUCAAACAAUUCAAAGACAACUAAUAAUCUGCCAAAAAAACAAGUAACAAGAAUAAAAAUAAAGAAACUAACCAAUAAUGAACUAAUCUUCUCUUCGACUCCGUUCGAUGACUCGAUUAUCGAUAUGCUACUGCCAACAAUUAGUAACAACAACAUAUUAACAAAAAAAUCAAACUUUUUAUCUAAUAAAUCCAAACUGAAGUCUGAAAACAAUCAAAAACAAUAAAAAAAUUAUAUUAUAAGUAACAAUAAUUAACUACAUAAAGAUUAAAGAAACUAACCAAACUGAAGUCUGAAACAAAACCUCCUGUGUGUGUGACUAUGAAAGUGUGAAUGAUUAAUAUUAACAAAAAAAAAUCAAACUUUUUAUCUAAUAAAUUAAACUGAAAGUCUGAAACAAACCUCCUGCGAUGAGCCGAUCCGAUAACAGCAGAAUCUGUGUCGUGAUGAUCAGCCGAUGACAAACCUCCUGCGAUGAGCCGGUAAUCGUGUAUUCGAGUUUGAUGAUGAUGUCUUCGUGUUAUGCGAUAUCCCUGUGUUGAGUUCGACUUCGACAGCAAGUCAGCAAUUGUCGACAGUUUGUGAUCGAGCUUUGAUAUCCCUGGCUCCCUGCAUAAUUCAAUCUGGUGCCUCCCAAAUACCCAAUACACUGUUGGGUUAUUUUUUUAAGUAUUUGGGAAUAUUGGUCUACCAUUUGUUUAUUUGGGCCAAUAUAUUCAGAAUUAUUUGGGCUUAAUAU